AUGCCUCUCAGGACUCUGUUCAGAUAUUUGGCUAACAAUGAGCGUCUGGUGCAGAAGCUGGCUGAGUCAUACCCCGUGAGGCGGGCGGCCCAGCUGGCCGUCGCCAUGUUCUACAAGGGCAAAGACAAACUGGCUGAUGUGGAUCCCGUUAAAGUCAACUCACUCAUGUCUUUUUUCAAAAGAUUUUCACAAAACAUGAAAGAAGGCAUAGAGGAUGCCAAGAAGCAACUCAAGAAAUGAUUUUUCCUUCUGUAUAGUUUUCUACUACCUAGCUAGUUUAAUAAUGUAGUAAAUUUUAUAGAAUUAUAAUGUAACUUGUAUAAAGAAAAUGCUUUGUUUUUA